AUGACGACAACAGCAAGUAAAUCGUCAGAUUUACCUGAUAAAGAUCAAAUUCGUGUACAUGUUCGAUGUGAUGGUUCUAUUGAAAGACAAAGAUUUAAUGGACGAGUUUGGAGACAAUUAUGUAAAUAUGAUGGUAGAGAAGAAUGCCAGACAUUUGUUGCUAAUAGAAGUCUUUGUGUUGGACAUUAUCAUCAAACAUCAGGUAUAACUGUUAAUGAAUCAAAACGUAGACAAUUAAUUCAACAAUCAGCAACUGCUGCUGCAUCAUCAAAGGCAACAAUGAUACCAUCAAAAAUUCGAUCUAUUGAAACACCUUUAACUCUUGGUCUUAAAAUUGAUGAAUUUCUACGAAAAUUUUCAUCUCGUGUUACUCAAACAACGCAUUUAAUAACAAAUGAUGAUAAACAUACAUUACGUUCACCAUUAUCAAUAAAAUUAAUUGAAGCUAUAGCUAAUCAUUAUUUUUGUGUUUCAUAUCGUUGGUUAAUUGAUUAUAUUAAAUAUGAUCGAAUUGUUGAUAAAUAUGCAAAUGAAAUUGAAGGUGAUGAUACAGAUUAUCAUUCUCAAGAUGGUCCAAAACGUUCACGUUCAAUUGAUAAACGUCAUUCAUUUUUUGAAAAUAUAUGUUUUAUGAUUAAAUGUACGGAAAAUAAUGAUAUUAAAAUGACAAAUAAUCGUUUACAAGAUUUAAUCACAACAGGUGAUGGGCGAAUAAUAACAUGCGUGACACAAGAGCGACAUCAUAAUUAUGAUCAAUGUCGUUCAUUAGGUAUAUAUUUUGUUUCAUCCGAUUUUUGUUAUAUGAAGAAACUCCAUUAUAAUUGA